AUCUCCGAAACUACUGGACGGAUCCGGAAAAUUCAAACGGCGUUCGAUAGCCCGUCAAAUUUGUCGAGGGAAACCAAAUUUCAUUGACCUCGGGGUCACCGAUGACGUCACAGGUCAUGUCAAAGAUAAAAUGUUUCACCGUUCACAGGGCUUCUAGGGAAUGCGCUAUAACACCGAGUAAAACGCAUUUUGUCGAAAAACAGCGAUAAGGCGUCAGUUGUCUAGUACAUAUGUUGCUAUUAGAGGUCACUAGGUCAUACCAGGUCAGGUCACAGGUCAGGUCACCAAAGGUCACCAAGGGUCACCACAUGAACCCAACUUUACUAAGGUAGUGCGAUGCAUGUUUUAUGGCCAGUUUUUCAUUUCCAGCUCAAUGGUAUUGGUUACAAGACCAUAAGGUACGGUUUAGGUCACUUUCUGGUGGAGGUCAGGUCAAGGUCAGGUCAAAAAAGGUCAAAUUUCAAAGUUGAUAUUUUUGCAUAAAAUGGGUAUCGAUUCGAUGCAGCUCGUCACGGGGAGUCUAAUGGUGGUCUUUGUUUUGCGCUACGAGGUCUAGAAUUGCUAAAAAUUGAGUUUGAAAGUUUGAAGUCAUCAAUUUUGAACAGUUUUUUUUUUCGCUAUAACUUGGCCAAAAAAAGAGGUAUUGAUCUCAAAUUUGGUAUGCAGAUAGAAUGUGGUAGGGACUAUCACAUAUAUUCCGGUUUUUUUUUAAAUAUCAAUUUUGUUUUUGAUUUUUCGGCUAUUAUUUUCAAAAAAUCUAUUUUUUAUUUUUAGGGGUCAAAAUCCAAAAAAAAAAAUGGAAAAACCGAAAUAGCAGUUUUGUAGCCCUCUUGAUUCCACACCUUUUAUGUCUGGAACAUUUUUCUGUAUCUCUAAAGCUGUAGGUCUGACAGCUCUUCCCGCGAAACCUUUUUUUGGGUCGAAAAUGGCAAAAAUGACGUUACUCUGACGUCAUUAGCGGCCAACCUAUCAUAGCCUUUGGAAAAAAAUUUUGGUCACCAUGUGCGCUAGCUACUCCCGGGAGGGUACUGAAAGUUUGGUGACGAUCGGCGCAGCGGUUCUCGAGAUAUAUAAAAAACUAAAGGGGGGAAAUGCCCCCCCCCCCCCCACCGCCUGGAAGGUUAAAACGAAUACCGCGCCCAAAAGUAGACAAUGAAGCGCAACACAUUUAUGCUGAUCAGUGCACAGUACACCAGACACUGUAUGUACACUCGCCCACGCGUUAUUAAGUGGGUGAUAACAGCGACGCAAGCGACAGCGACACAUAUCAGCAGUCAUCAAAUUAUUCAACAUUUUUUAAAUGCCCACACCGGAUGAUACCCUUGCAAAUUUGAUUAUCACAGUACUGAAGCCAAUGCAAUUAUAGUGGUGGUCCGACGCCCCCGUCAGGGGGAUCGCUGGCCCCGGUGGGGGCUGCUGGGCCGCGUCUCUCACCUGAAUGACGCAGAGGAUUUCUGGCAGCAGCGACUGACUGGCCGCCAUGGGCCUCGGUGGGGUCUGUCGGCUCACUCUCUCACCUGAAUCACGCAGAGGAUCUCGGGCAGCAGCGACUGGCUGGCCGCCACGGGCCCCGGUGGGGGUCAGCUGACUCCCGGCGGGGGACCGCUCUCACCUGUAUGACACAGAGGAUUUCUGGCAGGAGCGACUGGCUGGCCGCCACGGGCCCCAGCAGACAGAACAGGUGGUGGCCCGGCGCGUCAGACAUCAUCUGGAGGUCGUUGGGCGUGUUCUGGAAACAGCGCAGACGACAGCCCAGUCAGCUGAUGACCCAUCUCAGCCCAGGCUCAGCACCAUACCUCAGCCGUCAAUUAGAUCCCGCUCAUGGACUGAACAACAUUAACUACUUUACUCCUGAACACCUAUUUUUCUUCGGUAGGUUACCUGGCCACUACUAACACAGCAGGCCAAGCCGAGCUCUCAGCACGCUCUAUGCGCCCGCCGCCCACCUUGUAGUGCGAGGCGACGUAGAGCGAGACGAGUCGCUGCAGGAAGGCCUCGGAGGCGCGGUGGUAGCAGAAGAGCGUGUCCCGGUUGAUGUAGUAGAGCUCGCAGUGCUCGGGCGGCGGGCAGCCUGUGCUCAGAGGCCGCACCGCGCUGGCGUCCAGACAGAGCAGCGCGUUCAGCCACGACUCGAUCGGGUCGCCGGGCCGGUACCGGAUCGACUCGUCCAGCGACACCUGAAUGGACGGACGAGGGAGGCGUGAUGGGCGCGUCCAGGGACACCAGUACUGAGGGAAAUGUGAAAAACGUGAUCAACUCGUCCAGAGACACUGGGAGUGGAGGGUAACAUGAUCAAUUCGAACAGGGACACGGAAACGUGCGAAGCGGCCGUAGGGCAGGGGAAUCCGUCGUGGGCAAUGGGCAUGGGCUCUCCGUCCGGGUGUGACUAAAUAAACAAUUAUUUUGUUAAUGCACCAAUGGGAACAAUUAUUAAAUACAAUAAUUACUCGUGGUAAGAUGGCUAAAAAGAGCAUGUCGUUUAUACUGCGUCCCGCUGGCGCACCUCUGCAGUCGGAUGAAAAACUGCGCUAUUAUUUCCACACUUAUAUGCAUAUUGCAUGAGUCAAACCACAGGAUGAUCCGGCAUACUUGUCCCGUUCGAACUGAUUCUACGCCGGCAUCUCGUCCCGCCCCGCCCUGUUCACCUCAACCAGGGUCCUUCCGGCGUUCUGCGCCUCGGCGCCCGUCUUGGCGGCGGUGGAGCCGGCGCCGCUCUGGGACCUCAGCUGCUCCAGCAGCUUGAGCGACAGAGAGCGGCCCGUGCCCUCGUACCUGAGGACGAGACAGAGGGAUUAAAAUCGACAGCGAGUGGCCCACGUCCUCGUGACAGGCGACGUGACAGGGAAUCAAGUGCGCCAGACGCAGUGGGCCGGAGAAAAUGAGCCAUCGACCAGCGAAAUUCAGCCAACUAGCAAACGGCCGCUGGAAAAAUCGAGACACUCGAGAGGCUGGGUCUAUCACUAGAGCGACCCACUCGGCACCCACACUCACCCGUUGAUGGUGGAAGACAUGAAGACCAGGUAGGGCCCGAGCAGCGCCUUGACCAGCGGUAGCGGAAUGGCGGCCGCCUCGUCAAUCACCACCAGCUCGGCCUGGCCCAGCUUCACCGCGUCACUGGGGUGGAUGUACUGGGAACAGGGGGGAUGUCACUGGAGGCCCAGCUUCACCGCGUCACUCGGGUGAAUGUACUGGGAACAGGGGGGGGGGUCAAGAAACCGUGACGUAAUUAUCAUUUCACCGUGGCGUCAGUCUGAUCACACCAUCAGAAUAUCACACUGCAACUUCAGCGUUACAUGAGUAACCCGUUAUCACCUCCAAGUCCACAAGACCUCCGAACAGCUCGGCUAGUCUCGGAACACUGGUGACGCGGCUCCAUCACAUAUUUUAUUGGCAUCCCGCCGCUGCCGGUCGGCGCCGGCGCCGACCGGUCACACAGCCCUACCUGGAUGGUCUGCCGGUGCUCCUUGAAGACGUUCACGCGCACCACGGCCUUGUUGAACUCGGGGUUGGUGCUCUGGAUCAGCUCGUAGUCCAGGUGCUCCUGGUAGUCCAUGGCGUCGAAGCCCUUCAGCACGAACUCGAACAGGGUGUUCAGGUUCUCGGGACUCGGCGAGGUGACGAAUAUGUUGGAGUACUGGAAGCCGACGGCCGCGGCGAUGGCCAGCCCGAGCGCGGCCGACUUUCCGCGGCCCCGGGCGGCCGUCAGAGACACGGUGGAGCGCAGACGCUUCUCGCUGAUGGCCUCCACAAACUUGAGCAGCGCCUUGGCCUGCCGGGGACCGGGCGGGAGUUUAGUAACGGGUGGAGGGGAGCAUUUAGAACAGGAACGACAGACACGAACUAUCCACAAUACUACACGACAAAAAAAUCGUUGUUAGGACUUCACUCAGCGGAAUUCCAUCUCACCGCGCAUGGUGACCACCUCCUUCAGCCAUUUUUCCCUCGGGACGGGUUCGCUCGUACCUGGUUGGCGGUGCGGCAGCAGGCCCCACCACCCCCACCCCACCCUCCCUCUGACAGACAGUACUCGUACCUGGUCGGCGGUGCGGCAGCACCCCCCCCCCCCCCCCACCCUGGGACGGGCCCCGUUUGUACCUGGUCGGCGGUGCGGCAGCAGCCCCCUUCCCCCUGGGACGGGCCCCGUUUGUACCUGGUCGGCGGUGCGGCAGCAGCCCACCAGCGCGCCCACCGGCUGCGUGUCCUGCAGGCUGUCUCGCAGCUCGGUCAGCUGACGCUCGGAGGCUGACGGCGGGUCGGACGCCGAGCGCUUCGGCAGCGCCUCCAGCUGCAGCACGUGCGAGCUGAGCGGCAGCAGGUUCAGCUGCUGCUGAUGCCCGGCUUCGCCUGUCCGCCGCCGCCCCACGACAAGGUGGCAGAGCUGAUCAUGGGCGGCCUGUACACGAUGCUGAUGAACCUGCUCAACUUUCCGGCGGGGAUCCUGACGGUAGACAGGGAGACCGAGGAGGACCAGGCCGCGCUCGAGCACUACCCCACGCCCAGCGUCGAGCUACAGUGGUUCAAGGACGCGUCCCGCGGCGCGCUGGGCCAGCCGCUCGGCGUCCAGGUGGCCGCCCUGCCCUGGAUGGAGGAGCAGCUCCUGGCCGGCAUGUGCGACAUAGAGCGAACCAUCGAAAAACACUACCGCAAAACGUGAACCCGCCGCCCCCGCCACAGGCACGUCAACGGUAAACGAUUUUCGUCAGCCGUCUCGUGAGGUCGUCGAGAGAUCUGUGUGGAGAUGUCAAUCAAAAAGGAAGUAGUUCAGAGCAUAGAUAACAAACCGAUAGUUCUGAUAGUAGAUCUGAUGAUAGAUAUUUCACAUUCUGAGGAGCGCGCUGGGUAGUUUUGGCGCGAACCAUGAAAGAGUGAUGAUCUGAUGUAAGUUAAGUGAGAUCAUUCGAGUCUGGAAGGUAUUUUAUAAAUCGUAUGCAUGCAGUAAUGGGCUUGUGUGUUGUUAUUUACUAUAGAUCUGCAACGUUCUGAUAAUUAUACUGUUUGUUACGGUGAGGGUGAAGGAGCUGUGCCAUGUAUCCAUUUAGCGCAUGUGUGACGGCUCGCCUUCUGUUUACUGGAGAUCUGAAGGAGCGGACACCCAGUGUCGCUCAGUAGCCUGGCGGUACCCCGUCUGAGGGGCACAAAGCUGCCCGGUUGGUACGGCCGCUGGAGCGGACACCCAGUGUCGCUCCGUGACCUGGCGGUACCCCGUCCGGGGGGACAGAGCUGCCUGGUUGGUACGGUACAGGGUACACGGUAUACGCGCCGGGCUGUGGCAGCUGACCUCAUAUGAUAUUCCGCAGUGUUUUAUGGCUGUUUUAAACAGCAGCUUGUUAGUUGUUACCAUAGUCGACAGUUUUGGUAUGUGGCUAGCAGCACUGCGGCUGUUUGUUUUUUGAAGGACGGUGACGGUAUCGUGUAUUUAAUUGCAAUCAAUAAACUUUGGCGGACUCAAUAA